GGAUAAGCAGUCACAAUUAAUGAUUGGAUAUGCAUUGUAUGUGUGCUAAAUUGCAUAAUUCAUCAGCAUGAUUGUUGCUGGCUUUGAUGGAUGCUUGGAAGUGGGUUCUAAGCAAGCAAGAUGUUAUGCUUGGAAGUGGGUUCUAAGCAAGCAAGAUGUUGACAGGAAUGACAUUGUGUUCAGUGGGUAUAAUGUAUUAGUUGAACGCGGAGACCUUCAGACGUUGUCGACUGGCCAUCACAUUUCUCCACCUGUAGUGGAUGCUUGGUCUGUUAUAUUGAAUCACAAGGAACUGUUUCGUAGCGUUGCAUCUCCUGCACGCUUUUUUGCGAAGACGAUUACAUGUGGGGAGAUGGAAGAGGAAGCUGAUGCAUUUAAGGUGGUUUGUGAUGCAUUGGAAUAUGGAUGGAGCUUGAUUAAUCCAUGUGACGUUGAUAUGAUAUUGUUCCCAGUAAUGCAACACCGAUGGUGUUAUUGCAUAUGUGUGAACCUGAAUGGGAAUAGGGUUGAUAUCCUGGACAGCUCAUCGGCCGGCGUCGCAAAGAUUGAUAAAUAUGACAAGAUGCCAAACGUUGUUCGAGACAUGGUCGUAGAAUAUUUCAAGAGUAAAGGUCUGGAUGGCCGGGUCGAGAAACUGACGGCACAAGAACCAAAAAGAUUGCAACUGGAAUGGAGAGAUUCGACUGCUGUAUUUGAUUAUGGUGUGAUUACAAUGCGGCAUAUAGAGACGUACACAGGCCAGGCAUUGAAGCGGUGGGACUGUGGAUUGAAAAAGGGAGAUGAGAAGGCGGUGAAUGCACUUUGGACAAAGUAUUGUGCUGCGGUCGUCGAAUCAGAUGUGAACGAGGUUAAGGACAAGAUAAGGCAUCUGGUGAAGCACUUUAGCCGUUGAACACUACAUGACUGGAUUAUAAUUCAUGUUUUUGAUGACUGACUCUUCAUGGGGAUUAUGAACUCUUUUUUUUUGUUUUUCUAGAAUUUCCAAUUUCGUAUCGUUUUGAAAUUUGAUUCAGGGAGCAACCCCUGAAUGAGUCAAUGCUGGCUUGUUCGUUUUGCUAGAUGGUGUCGAAUUAUUGCUCAGUAUGAGCAUCAAAUAGACAUAAUUUUGGGUAUUUGUGAAGAAUUCCCGUAUUAACUUAACUGG